CGGGAAACCGUUACAAAAGUCGGCUGCUGCAAAAUGCACACCCAGAUGCUCUCCUUCCCAGUUGCAUCCAUCCCGUCAUUGUCGCAGUCCGCCAUCUUGGUGACUCUGGCCUGAAUAGCUUUCCGCACACCGCCCAUUGUUGACAUUUUAGCAUCUCAUAACUACGCAUCGUCAGAGUCGUCGCGUGUCUACGCUACCUAGCUCCAACCGCUCCUUGCCCACCGCUGGACCUGACUGAGCGUUAAAACGAAGAGAACGCAUUUAGUGUUCCGAGUUUGACUGGGGAUUGGUCGGCGCAUACUUGUGGCAGAAUUUCGAAGAGCCACGGGCGCAUCGACACUUCCUUCAGCCGCUUUACCAGGUCCCAAAGACGCGGGGCCACAACGGCAUGGCGACUUCCUCACGCUACUCCAGUAAUCUGGGUCAGGUUAUUGAGUACAUUCCAGACCGCCUGUAUCUCGCGUCGUAUCUGCAACCGCCCGAUGCCAACACCAUCUUUCCUUACCCCGAUCCGCCUCCGCGGUCCCCAAGCAAGAGGUCACAGAGGGCCGUCGAUGGGCCGUCGCCCGCUCAGAGCGUAUCCAACCAAAAGCAGCCCUACUACUUUACCGUAGACGACACGCUCCUCUACAAUGCCUUCCACCACGACUUUGGUCCGCUGCAUAUCGGCCACCUCUAUCGCUUUGCCCUUCAAUUUCACGAGAUUCUAGGCGCAAAGGAGAACAAGGACAGGCCAAUUGUCUUUUGGAGUCGGGCAGACGCGCGAAGUCGCGCCAAUGCCUCAUGCUUGUUGGCGUGCUAUAUGGUUCUCAUCCAGUCCUGGCCGCCUCACCUGGCCCUCGCACCCGUCGCUCAGGUCGAUCCUCCGCUGAUGCCGUUCAGAGACGCUGGCUAUAGUCAAGCCGACUACGGCAUCACCGUGCAGGACGUCGUCUACGGAGUUUGGAAGGCCAAGGAAGAGGGCUGCUGCGUUUUGGAGACGUUUGAUCUCGACGAGUACGAGCGCUUUGAGCGCGUCGAACAGGGUGAUUUCAACUGGAUUACGCCCAACUUUCUGGCCUUCGCCUCCCCACAGAGCACACCUUCUGAUCGUACCCCCCCAGGGAGUGACGCUUGGCACGCUUUGCCCAAGUCGCUGGCUGCCGUGGAUGCCCAUCCGACGCUCAACCAGCCGUUCAAGAAUGUCCUGCGCCAUUUCACCGAGAGGAAUAUUGGCCUCGUGGUGCGGCUCAACUCUGUCCUCUACGAUGCCUCCUACUUCGAGGCGCUGGGCAUCCAACACAUGGAUAUGAUUUUCGAGGACGGGACCUGCCCGCCCCUGUCCAUGGUUCGAAAGUUCAUCCGGAUGGCGCACGAAAUGAUAACAGUCAAGAAGAAGGGGAUUGCGGUGCACUGCAAGGCCGGGCUAGGUCGUACCGGCUGCUUGAUUGGCGCCUAUCUGAUCUACCGGCACGGCUUUACCGCCAACGAGAUCAUUGCCUACAUGCGCUUCAUGCGUCCCGGCAUGGUCGUCGGCCCGCAGCAGCACUGGCUGCACCUUAACCAGGGUACAUUCCGCGAGUGGUGGAUUGAGGAGCGUCUGGAGAGGAAAUUGCGCAAGGAGGCUGCUCUCGCAGCUGCUGCCCAAGCGAACGGCGCGGGCCACCAACCCAGCACGCCCAUCCGUGCCAUGCAAAAAUCGAACCUUGGGCGCAGCACCAGUAAGAACGGGACGUCAACGCCUCCCAACAGAGGAUCUGCCAGGACACCGCUGGGCGAGGUAGACCGUGACCACACCCGUGAUAACAACAUUGGAGUGCAAGAAGACUACCUCCCAGCGCCCACGCCAGGGCAGCCGCGAAAGACGCACCGCAGUGCAGUGGACCGCCACCAUCCUUACAACCGGAGCGGCAGUGCUGUGCAGACGGUUGAGGAGGAGUGUGUUGUUGAGCAGGAGACGCGGACAGAGAUCUCGAUGCAGCGUACGUCUCAGGGCAAUGAGUCGGAUGAAGAGUGGAAUAUCCGGAUGCGGGCGCAUCGGAAGGCUUCCGCUUCGCUCUCGCCGGAUUCCCGAGAACGGUCUGUCAGCCACCAGACGACUACCACGACAACAACCAUCUACCAGGUCAUUGACAAUGACGCCUCCCACGACAUCGAAAACAUUGGCACGGCAGCGGCACGGACAAAGUCCUAUGAUCAAGUACAGCGAGCGAGCUCCGCGUCUGGGGUGUUGACCAAGGUCCGGGGAAGCAGCAGCCCCAAACGCGCCGCCGCUGGCGGCAGCGUGCGGGAAGCAGGCGUCCGGAAGACCAGCGGGCGCGUGGGCAGCGUUAGCGGCACAACGCCGACCUCCGCCGCAGUACGCAAGAUCAGCGGGAUGCAAUAGGCAAACUAUCAUUGCUCUCGAAAAGGACAGGGGCCAGUGUAUCAGCUCAUAAUUACGGGGCGAUAAAUAACCUCACGACAUUUCAGAUGUUGACUUGAUGACGAUAUGAAAACAGGGUUUCAAUUCUGGAUUUGGGCGAGGAACAACACAAGGGUUCUGCAUCCCCCGGAUACUACAAAGCCAUGUUUUGUUCGUGCUGUGCAUGCAUGCCUGGCGUUUGCGAAGAAGAAUGGGGCCUGGGCACUGGAUUGGAUGGGGCAUGGAUGCGAUGGGAGUCUCGAUCAUAUCCUCUCACUCUCGGAACCGGCUCGAGAGAGAUAGAGAGUAAUCGGAAAAUGCUUUGGCUUUUCUGCUUCCCCUCUUACCUUGUUUCGUGCUUGUCAAGCGGUCGAGCUGGUGGCAACGCUGAGAUCAUUAUGUUCGUUGUAGGUAUAUGGAGCAUGCAUUUCAUCUUCCGGCAGGAAUCAUCAUACAUGCAUACCACCGUUUCAUAACCCC